GUUACCUGCAUUCUUUAAAGAUGAAUGUGUGAUUUUUAGACAAGCACUGACAGGAAGGUGUGGGGAGAAAGAGAAACCUCUCCUGAUAACAAGCUGGUAUGCAGAACAUGGAGUGACAUUAGAAGACUCCAGAAGUGGGACUUAAAGAAGUAACAGCAUGUCUUUUUUUAAUGUGUAUUUCUCUGUAUUUCUUGACAGGAAGGCCUUAAAUCAUGAACUUUCUAAACUUUUCAGUGAGAUGUGGGAUAUGGAUGUUCACCACCUCAUGCCUGGGAGAGACUACACAAUUGAUGUGCAGGGAGAAGCAGGUCCAGCACAGCCAGGGGACAGUGCUGUUGGGGACAAUGCAGUCAGACAUCUGUUCCACAAUGUAAAUGAAGGACUCCUGAAGACCAUAAAAACUUUUUCAACCUAUAUUUCCUUAUUGGACAACUAUGAGACAUCAACUGGUGUAGCUGAAGUAGUGACUCCAGAAGAAAUAGCUGAAAACAACAGUUUUCUUGAUGCUAUCUUAGCAACAGAGGUCAUGAGGCGAGCUCAUGAAUAUCUGCUCAAAAAAACCCUAGCAAAGCCAAACCUUACUGAUUUCAAACAUCAGCUCUAUGACAUCUGGUUCCAGCUCUACGCCAGGAAAGAAGGAGACAGGUAUGUUUGAUGGGUAUGGCCACUGUUCAUUGCUAUGCUGUUUGAUUUCGGUAAAUAUCUGAGUGCUAUCUGUUACACACUGAACUGGAAGACAUCCUCAGAAUGGCUUCAAAUUGACAGAGAGUGGGUUUAGACUG